AUGGCAAAGAGUCUACGCUCUAAAAUCAAGCGAAAGUUCCGCACAGAGCUACGGAAGCGCAUCGGUGUGCCACACCAAGCGAUACAGGAAGCGAAGAUCCAGGAAAAUCUGAAGAAGGCCAUUGCCGGACAAGGUACUGGCACAUCAGUGGCAAGUCUAAAGAAGCUCAUGGGUGUCUCAGUACCCGUUACUAGCAAUGAAAUUACUGGAAUAGUGAAGAAACAAACAUCUGCGGAAGCUGAGGCUGUUCUGCUGAAUCAGGAGACUGACGUCUCCAUGGAGAAAGUAAAGAAGGACAAAAAGAAGUCGAAGAAGAGGAAAACAAAGUUUGUGCAUUUCCAUCAACUCCGUAAGAAAGGCGUGUGA